AUGUCCUCAUUUUUUACGCUUCCCGCCUCGCAGCGGAAGCGGAAGAGGGAGGACCGCGGCGCCGCUCCGGCAACCAAGAAGAGAGGUGUGACGGCUGCUAGACCAUCUGGGGCAAGAGAUGGAAAGCGGGCAAGAGAAAGAAGCCAAUCGAUAUCCGGAAGUGACUCGGACGAGGGCGACGACCACGAUGAUGACGAAGAAAUCCCAGAAGGUGGAGAAUCAGACGAGGAAUCUGGCUCCGAGUCAGACGAGGCAGAGACGGCUGCGGAGCGAAGAUUGAGGCUGGCCGAGCGAUACUUGGAGAACAUCCGGGAAGAGGUGGAUGAGGCCGGCUUUGAUGCAGCAGAGAUUGACCGCGAUCUGAUUGCGGAGAGGCUAAAGGAGGAUGUGGAUGAAUUCAAAGGGCGCACAUAUCGUCAAAUAGCUUCGCAACUUUCUUUUUCGACAGCAGCGCACUCUUUCUUCCGCGCAGACACACAGUCUACCACUGCCAUUGCUGUUCAUUCUCCUUACGUCUACACCGUGUCGAAGGACAAAACUUUGAUCAAGUGGGAACUGGCUACACCGACUGAGAGCGCAGAAAGUGUCAAUGAGACCUCCAAGCGCGCACCGAGACCUCAGCGCAAAAAGCCUAAGAAGCUAAAGUCCGUCCGUGGGCUGCAAAAGGUCGCCGAGAGCGAUGAAGAGCAUGGUCACACCGGGAAUAUUCUGUCUGUUGCUAUCUCACCGUCUGGAAAAUAUGUCGCAACAGGCGGUGCAGAUAAGAAGCUGAUUAUCUGGGAUGCGGACACUCUGACACCAAUGAAGACCUUUACGCAACAUCGGGACACUGUUAGUGCGCUUUCUUUCGCAAGGCAUAUCUCGACAAUGAGCUCUGGCGAGCAGCUGUUUUCAGGAUCUUUCGAUAGAACCAUCAAGACAUGGUCUCUAAGCCCAGCGGGACAUGCAUACGUGGAAACACUCUUUGGUCAUCAAGACAAUGUUACAUCUGUUGCUGCGAUGACCAUUGACCAAUGCGUCAGUGUCGGCGCGCGGGACCGUACUGCAAGACUGUGGAAGGUGGUUGAUGAAAGCCAGCUUGUCUUUCGCGGUGGAUCUUCAAGGAAUGCCUCGUAUCAUGAGAACAACCUUGACUGCAUCGCACCUCUUCCUCCGAAUCAUUUCGUGACUGGCUCUGACUCGGGUGCUCUCUCGCUCUGGUCUGUACACAAAAAGAAACCUUUAUACACAGUACAACUUGCCCAUGGUCUGGACCCUCUGCCGCCGUUAAACGAACUUUCCUCCGAAAUGGACGAGAAGGUGGCUGCAGAGCACUCCAAGCAUCUGAGACGGACUCCCCGCUGGAUCACAGCCUUGGCCACCGUUCCCGGGACUGACAUUGUUCUCAGCGGGAGUUGGGAUGGUUGGAUUCGGGCGUGGAAAAUUUCAGAGGAUAAGAAGACGAUCCACCCGCUUGGACCCGUUGGUGCCGGCGGAUCACUGACAGCCAGUCCAUCGCUGCAAUUGAAACGAAACCUCGCAUUUGAUGCCAAAGCCGACCCAGAGAAUAUGGAGGUCGAUCAGGCCGAGGACCAGCGAUCCGAAGAUCAUAUCGAACCGUUGAUCAAGGGUAUUGUGAACGAUAUUGCUGUCUUCGAGCGCCGUCCAGACACCAUCAAACCUGGCCAGUCCGUCGAAUCCAAGGGCCAAUCCGAGUCGAGCUCGAAACCCCAACUCCCCCAAGCCCGCGGUCUCUGCAUCGUCGCUGCAGUUGGCAAGGAACAUCGACUGGCCCGCUGGAAAUUUUAUGCUAAUAAUUACCACGACGGGCCCACCUCCGAUGGCCGGAAUGGCGCUGUUGUAUUCGAAGUACCGUUUGAAUCGGAGCCACCGGCAGACUCAUGA